CAGCAGACCCGCUCCUACCGAGCAUUUCAUUACAGAGCAGACAGAGAACAGAAGAGGAGGAGCGGGAUCAUAGUUAAGAGUCGCCACUCUGGAAGAUCUGUGGACAAACACAAGGAGAAAAACAAGAAGAGAGGAGAGGACCGCUUUUGGAAAAAGGCUGAAGAUGAUGUAUCUAUCUUGGCUGUUGGUGGUGGUGAUGGCUUACGUGUGCGUCCCCGGCUUUGGGUCGGUGUGCUGGGGCAGAUCCCAAUGCAACGACCUGAGCAACAAGGGAAGAAUACUGGACUGCAUUCGCCUCUGCAUGUCUGCCAUCCAGUCUGAAUUCCCUCAGCUCAGUGCAAUGGCCCUGAAGGUGAAUGAUAAUGAUGAUGACCUCCUACUCGGCGUCAUUCUGGCCACCAUGGUGUCCGAAAACAAGAUAUCAGAGUCGGAUCUGAAAGCCCACAGCGACGAGCGACGCUCCUAUUCAAUGGAGCAUUUCCGCUGGGGCAAACCCUCUGGCCGUAAACGUCGACCCGUAAAGGUUUUUGCCUCUUCUCUGGAGGGAGGGGGCCCUUCUGAGCGCAGUUUCCCCCCUCAGGCUCGCAGGCAGCUGGGCAGUAACAAUGAUGAAGUGAGGGAUCUGAAUGGAGGAAGUCGAAACCAAGGUUUGCAAAGGGUCAGCCUUAAGUCACACGUCCCGGUGAGCCUGCAGGAGAGAAAGAAUGCGGCCUAUCGGAUGAGUCACUUCCGAUGGGGGAGCCCACCGGCCUCUAAACGCAACGGCAGCUUUAUGAAAAAGCGAAUGAAGAAACGUCAGGGGCCGCUGGGCAAGCUCCUCAGGAACAUUAUAGUCAAGGAUGUGCAGAGGAUAAUGGGCUGAUUGAAGGAUGGAGGAGAGGGUGG